AUGAAGCACCUCGCAGCCUACCUUCUCCUCACCCUCGGUGGUAACGCAACUCCGUCCGCCGCCAACGUCAAGGCCGUUCUCGAGUCUGUUGGUAUCGAGGCUGACGAUGAGCGUCUCUCCACUCUUAUCUCUGAGCUCAAGGACAAGGACAUCAACGAGUUGAUCGCCGAGGGCUCCGCUAAGCUGGCUUCCGUCCCAUCAGGCGGUGCCGGAGGUGCUGCCCCAGCUGCUGGCGGCGCUGCCGCUGCCGGUGGUGCCGCUGCAGAUGCGCCCGCCGAGGAGAAGGAAGAGGAGAAAGAGGAGUCCGACGAGGAUAUGGGUUUCGGUCUCUUCGACUAA